CACUGUGGCUUUUAGCCCUUUACUAGCAUCGACGCUCCAGUCAGGCCACCACCACCGUGCAGGAGAAAGAAAAAGGCUCUGAAGCUCGCUGGCUAACCUCAGACCCUCAGCCCGCUGUGUGACACAGGACCACAAGCCCAGCCCUCGCCGCCGGCCCGCUUCCCACCACCCGAGCUCCAUUCAGUAGGGCCUCCUCUCAUCUCCAGCCCCGGUCGGUGGAGAUCGACUGAAGCGCAGGCUCCUCACCGUUCUGGCUUCUCUGUCAUGGCAUCAAACAGCAUCUUUGACUCCUUCUCCAACUACAGCAGCAGUCUACUCAGAGAGCCGCCCACCACCAGACGGUUCACGCCGCCCUCCACGUCCUUCCCCUGCAGUAAGCUCGGAGAAGGCAACGGGGCCAUGGCCACCCCGGGGCCCCACAGGUCACGAUCGGACACCAGGAACGUGGUGGACGUGCUGGCGGACCACGCCGGAGAGCUGGUCCGGACCGACAGCCCCAACUUCCUCUGCUCCGUGCUCCCGUCCCACUGGAGGUGCAACAAAACGCUGCCCGUGGCUUUCAAGGUCGUGGCUCUCGGUGAUGUCCCCGACGGGACUCUGGUCACCGUGAUGGCCGGGAACGACGAGAACUACUCGGCCGAGCUGAGGAACGCCUCUGCCGUGAUGAAGAACCAGGUGGCCCGCUUCAACGAUCUGCGCUUUGUGGGCAGGAGCGGACGAGGGAAGAGCUUCACUCUGACCAUCACCGUGUUCACCGGACCGCCGCAAGUGGCCACCUAUCACCGCGCCAUCAAAGUCACCGUGGAUGGACCCCGAGAACCACGCAGACACAGAGUGAAGAUGGAAGACCCCACCAAGAUGCAGUUCUCGGACAGGCUGUCAGAGAUCGAGCGCUACCAGCGGUCGAUGCGGAUAGGACAAGUGAACAAUAAUCCCCGCCCCAUCCACCAAACCCACCUAAGCACCACACAAGGCCUGUGGCAGGAUCAAAUGGACACCCCCGCUCUGAAAACAUGCAAAGUGGAGGAGGACCUGAGACCAUGGCCAGGUACUACUGACCUCUUCAACCAGAGGACCAGCUUCCCGUCUCUGUCGCCACUGACCGACCCUCGCUUCUCAGACCCCAGGAUGCACUACCCUGGGGCCUUCCCUUACUCCUCCAACACCUCCAGCUCCGGCAUCAGCGGCCUCAGCAUGUCGGCCUCUUCUAGAUACCACACCUAUCUGCCACCGCCUUACUCAAACAACCAGAGCCAGAACUUCCAGUCCAACUCCUACCUGUAUUACGGCACAGGCUCCGGAUCCUACCAGUUCUCCAUGGUGGCACCGGGCAACACCGGGGGCGAGCGCUCCCCCAGCCGCCUGCUGUCCUGUUCGGGGGCCGGGGGUGCGGGAGGGACCAACAGUCUGAUGAACCCGGGCCUGAACAACCAGAGCGAGGGCGUGGAGGCCGACGGCAGCCACAGCAACUCCCCCACCGCCAUGAGUGCCUCGGGCCGCUUAGACGAGUCCGUCUGGAGGCCUUACUGAUUGACAGAUGGCCAGCCAAUCAGAGGGUGCAGUGAGGGAGGAAAAGUAAGAGGAUGAUGAACAAAAAAAACACUGAAAGCAAAAAAAAAGAAAAAAAAAGAGAAAUGCUGCAUGUUUUUCUUUUAUUUCUCCAGCAAUCGCUUUAAAAACAAUUUUUAGCAAUUCUGUCAAGACAUCUAUGUAUUUUGUACCUUUUUGAGUAAACUCCUGCACUGUGCUAAAACAUGUACUCUUAAAAAGGACUAUCAAAGCCAUAGAAGUGAGGAAGAUGUUCCGCUGAAACCGUAUAUAGACAUGAGGGCAAAACCAGAAGAGCCAUAAUAAUGAAAGGUUUCAGCAUCAUUUGUCUGAUGAAAGAACAUAAGACCAUGGAGGCAUGAUCCAUCGGUACAGCUGAUGAACUGAAAAACCACAGCAGACAAUCAUCAAACAGUCUGCCGGACUGAGUGACUCCGACAUCCUUCCAAGGCACAGCUGUAGCAAACAGCCUUUGAACGCUUUCUGUAAAAGUUAAAUAUUGUCUCAGUUGUGAAAGCGGCUUCAGUUGCAUCCAGGGCUGUUCCAUGUGCUCACAGUGCUUAUGCAGUACCUUAUUGCCUAAUUUAUUAUCCGAAUGGACACAUGAGCCUUUGGUGCUACAGUGUGCAGUUGAGCUUUCAACACAAUCGCUGCAUCUUUGAGAGGGAAGCAUUUUAUCCGUCACAUGUGCAACGAUAAAUUCUCCUCUGCUGCGUCGUCAGUGUAUCGAGUUUCAACAGGACAAUGGCUGACAUUUUGAGGAAUGUAAAAGACUUACGCAGAGGAGGGGUUCAUUGGUUUCUUUUUCUGCAGGAAUAUGUAAGUCCUGUUGUGUCUACUCUUUCUUACAUUUCUUAUCCAAGCCCUUUUUCUGAAAAAUAAGUCUUGGUCUGGUCAUUUUUAACUGGAUGACUUGGUUUACUUUUGAUAUUUAUUUGAGCCAAAUUGUGUGGAAAUGUGCGCGUAUACCCAAAAUCCUUAAGCAUUUCUCACUACCUUUCCUUUAUAUAUAUAUAUAUAUAUAUAUAUAUAUAUAUAUAUAUAUAUACAGUAUAUAUGCCUUAUUUUGUUGUUAAGUAUAAAUUUGGAAUUUGUGUAAUAUAUUGCUACUAAAUUAUGAAAAAAACAAAACAUUUAAUGUAAUUAUUUUGUCUUCCAAUGUAGCUUUGAUGCACUAAAAACUUUUAUUCCUUAUGAACCACGCCCAACAGAUUCUGUUAGUGAGAAGGUGCAUCGAGCCCUAAUCCUUUAGACAAUUUCCAAUUUGCCUUUCCGCGCUACAUAAGCCAUUUGCUUCAUUUUUUGCACUAUGUUUGUUUCUCAUUUUUGGUUAUAUAUUUACAAAUAUCUGAAACUACGCCAAACUAAAUAUUAAAAUAUUCCUUCACAUGUAUUUGCUGAACACA